AUGACUUCGUCUGCGUGCACCUACGGCGGAACCCAAAUCAACUUCCUGAUGCCCCGGACACCUGGUGUGGCAUGGACCGAACCAGCGGGCCACCCAACGGCCCCCAAGUAUGAUCCCACCCCCAUCCCGACAUGCAGGGCGGCGAACACACAGAUCUGGAAUGGAGGCAACAAUGACAGGCCGCAGAUUCUCACGUUUGCUUUACAGAAAAGGCCACGGGCGACUCGGGCGAGUGCCAACAAGGUCCGGACGGGAUGCAUUACUUUAGCUAAUCAGAAUAACUUCACAGGCAAGCGCCGACACGUAAAGUGCGAUGAAGUGAAGCCCUCAUGCAAGCGAUGCGUGAAAUGGCAAGGGUUCUGUGAAGGAUACGACUCUCCCAAUAGCUCUUCGGCCUCACCCCCUAGCUCAGACGACGUAGACAACACCAACAAGGCAGCAUCAUCAUCAUCAUCAUCAUCGUCGUCGUCGUCGUCGUCGUCCGUCGCUCGCGUCUCCAAGAAGAAGCCGCUCGUCGCAAACGCCCGCCCCAGAUCGCAAUCUCAACUAAUCGACAUCAGCCUCCCACUCGAACCCACAGAGAACCUCUUCGUCAACGUCUUUGAAUGCCAAUACUUUGACUACUGGCUCUCCCGCCGCUACCGCCUCGGCGGCGGCUUCUUCGACGAGCAGCUAUGGGCCGAGACCAUCCCGCAGAUGAGCCACCAGCACGCCUCGGUCCGGUACGCCGCCAUGGCCGUCGGCGGCAUCGGCAAAGCCCUCCACCACAGCCUGAAGCCGACCACGCCCGCCCAGCUCGGCGCAAACGGGCCCCACUACGGCCUCGCCCUCUCGUACUACGGCCGCGCCAUCCGCGAGGUCCACAAGGCCGUCGCCGCGCCCCGCGACGAGACCAACAGCAGCAGCAGCCUCCGGGCCGCCAUCGUCUGCUGCCUGCUCUUUGUCUGCUUCGAGGUGCUCCACGGCGAUCGUAAGGCGGCGUUUGCGCUCAUCAAUAGCGGGCAGACGAUGAUGGAUGAGCUGCUGCGCCGGUGCGAGGAGGAUAAGAGCCGGGAUAAGAGCAUUAUUGGCGCCGAGGCCGUCGAGACGGAGGCGCUGCAUGUGUUUCAGCGGCUUAUCCAGCAGUCUUGGUCUUGCGGUGUGCUUCGAAGGCGGGAGAGGCGCCCCGUGAAGGUAGAGGGCGAUCUCGUCGCGGAAGAGAAGAAGGACUCGUACUCGUCUGAGUCGUGGUGCUGCCAAGGAGGACCGGGGAGGAAGAGCGCGAUUCACAAGAUGCCCGCCAUCUUUAGUAGCCUCCAGGAAGCUCGUCGAUGGUGGGAUGUGACGCAGCACUACGUGACGCACUCCUCAGACAUCGUCUGCCGCGUGACCCAGCUAGGGUUAAGCGAAGACUUCCUCUCCGAGUGCAACGAGCGCAUCCGGAGACAACUAGAAGAGAGCGAGCGCUUAAAAACCGGGGCUGUCAGCAAAUCAUCCUCAUACUCAUCCUCAUCCGCGGCUACGGGAGCCGAGGACACCGCCUCGCGCUGGCAAGACUUCAGAGACGCCCUAGCACGAUGGGCAACCGGCUUCGCACCCCUCUGGACCGCCGCCCGCAGGACCAAGACCUCGGACGAGAGAUCCUACAGCCAAGCAGCGCACCUCCGCGCCCAGUACCUCACCCUCUCCAACUGCCUCGAGUCCCCCCUCGGCUGCAGCUACGAGCGCGUGGCCCGCCUCACCCCGCGCUUCCGCGAAGUCAUCCAGCUCUCCGCCGGCCUGCUCGACUACCAAAAGCGCUCCUCCCUACCCGGCGAGAUCUUCACCAUGGACAUGGGUCCCACCUGGCCUCUGUUCCUCGCGGGGACGCGGUGCCGGGUGCCGGAGCUGCGCAACGAGGCGAUCCGGCUGCUGCGGGAGAACCCGCGGCGCGACGGGCUGUGGGACAGCCGGUUUUUCUACGCGCUGAUGAUGAGGAACAAGAUGUUGGAGAUUUCGAACUCGAGGGAGGGCACGCCCGAGGAGCAGUGGUGGCGGCUGCAGCAUCGGUCUGCGUGUGUUGACGAGCAGGGGGCGUUGAUUGCCAAGGCGAUGGAUAAGAACCCUUUGACGGGGACGUGGGAUCUGGGGGAGGAUAACUUUCUGAACUUCAGACUGGCAUUGGAAAGAUUUGUUAGACAGACAUGUCUUCAGAUUGCUGAAUCUUGGGUGGCCAUUGUCAUUAUGUACCCAAAGACUUGUAUCCUCACAAGGAACCAUCACGAGAUAACGGGCAAUGAUAAAACCCCCAAUUAUUGGCCCGUGCAGUAA